GGGAGACAACCACCCCAAAAUGCAUUAGACAGAGUUGUUGUUCCUUGAUUGUUUGUGAUCUAAGCGAAAGAGUGUAGUCCUGUCUAGAUAUUUAUGUCCCAAAUUCUUGUUGAAAUCAAAUGUCGAGAAUAUCGAUGUUACAAGUAAGUCUUCUUUUUGUUAGUGUGAUGUUCUUGUGUAAAUUUAAUAUGUGUUGGGUUUUUUUCUUUCUCAAUACAUCACGUUGAGUAAUGGCGCCUUUGGCUGGUCGGGGACCAGUCAUUGUUUCCGUCACUAUUGUGGCUAGGAGUAGGAGAGUUGUUGCAGUAGUUAACUUUCAGGAUUACUUAUUUGUUUCGGUGUUGUAAAGAAACGCAAGCAUCCUUAAUUUAAUUAGAAUGAAAGGCAACUAAAGCAAUGGAAUAUUCUCUAAUUAUUGCCAUGCCUGUAAUUUUUUUCUCUCUUAAAGUUAAAAUAAUUUUGGAAAAGGUAGGCCCAGAAAUGUUGUUUCUACUCCUACUUCUACAAAGAAGGGCAUUACGAGGCACCCAUGCCAUGGGCCUUAGUUUACAGCUUAGAAAUAUUUAAAGCCAAAUUCCAAUAACUGGAUUGAUCUAUCUAGUUUGAUCAUCAAGAAAUUGUUAGUCUAUUGAACGUGACUUAGACAUCAAUCAGACCAAUCAAUAUAACAAAUGCCUUAAAUUGUCAACUGUAGCCUACUGACCCAAAUUAUUAAUUUUACUUUUUAUUUACACUUUUAGUCGUUUUUAUCAACUGCAAUUACAAUUUUUUUAGACACCAUUAAUUAAUACUAAUUUCUAUUAAAAAUCAGAUAGUCUAUAAUUAUAAAAUGUUAUUCAAAAAUCAGUUUCAUGGGUGACAGUAAAAUAACCCACUCAGGCCACUGUGACUGUUGCUUUGACCUAGUCAUUUAUGACCUUGACCUACUUUUACAAUUUAAAAAAAAAAUAAUUAAAAGCUUUAAAAGCUUUAUUUUGUAAUCUGUUUAUAAAUGUUUUAAACUAUUUUAUUUUAUUGACAGCAUUAAUAUCUUAAAAACCUUGGUGAUCUAAGUUUUUAUAUUUAAAAAAAAAACUAAAAAUAUUAAAUUUAUUUAUAUUCUUAAUGAUUACUUAAAAUUUAUUGAAACAAAAUUGGGAGAUAAGUGAUAAGGAUAAAUUCUGAGGAUUAAUUAAAUAAGUGUUAUAAAAAACGAAGUGUCUACACGUCCGGCGCGCCGGACAAAUAGUGUGGGAGAUAUACGUCCGGCGAGCAUGUCACGUGACCGCCGGACGACUAGUAGGCAUUAUUAUUCCGAAGAAGGCAUCUUUUGAGAAGAUCGUGUGUGGUCUUGUGGUAGAGUGGCCGCUUAACGAUAUUAUAUUUGUGGAUCAAUUUAAAUUAAAAAUAUUUGAAAUUAUAUUUAAUCUAUAUUAUCAUGUUCAUCAGCUACAGUAGUUUUAUGAGAAGUUUUAAAAUAUUUUGUAGCAAUUCAAACAAUUUAAAAUGAAAUCUUUUACUUUUAUUAGUUGCCUAUGCAUACUGAAUACUGGCCCAUAAUUUAUUUUAUAGAUUACUGGUACAUAAACUCAAAUAACAAACUCAAAUAACAAACUAAACAAAAUGUUUACAAGGCACUUUCACUUAAGUUUUUUUUCUUCUACUAUUUGCAUGCAAGUUACUUAUUACAUUACUUGGUAAAGAAAUAUAUUUUAAAAUUAACUAUAGUUUUGAAUCAUUCACGGUAACGUGACAAGGCUGAUGACAAAAUAUCUCUCGCCACUUUGUUACGGCGGUCAUGUGACUUGGUCGCCGGACAAAUACUGCGGGAGAUAUACAUCUGUGCCGGUUACAAACCCCGAAUAUAAUAUAAAUAAACAUAUUUAACAUGAAAAACUUCAACUUUGUCGCCCUCCGAUAAUGUGGCCUGGUUUGUUUCCCCACAUACCCCACCGUUCAAGUGGCCUAAGACAGUGUUCUUUUGAAUUUUUCAGUGAAGAACAAAGAGAGGUAGGGAUAUAUUGGACUUGUGAUUAAUGCAGAGGCGUAGCGAGGGUGUUUGGCGCCCGGGGACAAGAUUCGCACCCGGGGACAAGAUCCAUUUUAAAGCGCCCUUUUUUCUUUUUUUCAACUCUCAAACCCAUUAUUUUCAUCAAUAAAAUAAUAUCAAAGCACAUUUUGGCGCCCCUAACUAGCUGGUGCCCGGGGACAACUGUCGUCCCGUCCCCCCCCCCCCCCCCCCCCCCCCCCCCCCCUCACUGCGCCUCUGGAUUAAUGGGGGCAAAAAGUGAUAUCACUUCUUGGACUCAAUCAAGGUAUGUGAUUCACAUAGAAAAUUCUAAAAAUUUUGGCUUUCAUUUGAGUUCUUUGUUGUAAGUUUAUUUGAAAAAACUGUUGGCAAUACUAAUAGCUGACACAUCUGACUUAAUACAGGUUUAAAAAAUAAUUUUAAAACAGGUUUAAAGACUUUGAAUCACUUUAGGCACAUUUCCACAUUUUCUGAAAACUUUGGAGAUAGUGAAACUUCAGAAAGACAUUGGAUGAAACAGAAAUGUAUAGCCUUUUGAGUUUCACAGUGCUACAAGUUUCUAUCUUAAGGCAUAUGUGAGCAAUUUUUCUAGAAUAUUAAAUGAUUUAUAAAAAAUCAAAGUCAGUUUCAUGGUCAAAUAACAUUGCUGAUUAUGGUAGUCUUUUCUGGAUAUUAUAAUUUUGAUAAAUACAGAUGCGUUAGUUGAGAAAAAAACAUUACCAGCUGAAUGGCAAAAAUGAAUAUAACAGAGCACAUCUCUUUUUUUUAAAAAAUAUUCUUUAUUGUUCAUUUUAAAUUUAUAUAAAAACAUUUCAGUAUAUGGGAAAUAAGCUCUAAUCAUGUGUAAUGAUAUAUGUAUAUCCUCUUCUUUUUAUAUUUUAGGGGCCCACGAUCAAUUUGUUGAUCAUUCUGGCUCCUGGUUUAAAUUCAGAGUUUGCCUUCUCUUAGAUGGGUUGCUUUCCAAGGCUAACGAGCCAUUUCCACCCGGGAGCUUGGGUUGUUGAUCCUGGUGGGGAUGGAACUCAAGACCACUAGCUAUUUGGUGUGAGACAGUUUAGACUGCUCGGCCACCCAGCACCCAGUAUAUUCUUAAUAUUUUAUUAGGUGUUUGAUUUGUAAUCAUCAAUGGCGUUUGUAGGUGUAUUCAUCACCCUGGGCUAUCAAAUCGUCCUUUAUUAGCCCCUAGUUCCAGUGGGAAUCUGCCUAUAGUAUAAUGAUAUUUAUUUAUGCAUGUUUUCUAUCUUGUAUUGAACAUGAACUCUUUAUAUUCCUUGAAUUUUUCUUUUUUUUCAUGAGAUUUCAAGUGACCUUACAAAAGAUUGAAUAACAUUUAGAAUCCAUGUCUAAAGUUCAUGAUGUUAUAAAUCAAUGUGUAAGGGAAUGCAUGAGGCUCCUACACAUGUUUGUUUCUAAACAUAAAAGUUCAACAUUUUGAAGCUGUGAGGAUAAUAAUGCUAAAUUAAUUGUUUUAAAGAAAAUGUGUAAUAAAUUGUUAUGGUGAUCAGAUGCAAUGAAUAAAUUUAAAAAGAAAUACCUGGAAUUAUUUCAUCUCUUUCUUUUUCUCUGUGGAUGCCACAUUAUGGAUUGUCUGGUGAUUUUAUCUUGGAGUGUUCCCUAUCCACCUCCAUCUUUACAUAUUUUGUCUUCAGCAAUAGGCUCCUGGUAUGUCCUUUUCAGUAAGCCUUUGUUGGUGAUGGUGUUUGGCCAUUUGAUGUUCAGGAUCUUUCUAAGGCAAGUGUUUGAUGAAGGUCUGUACUUUCUACGUAAUGCUCACUGUUCUCCAAGUUUGGCUCCAUAGAGUAGGAGUGUUUUGACAUUUGUGUUGAGGAUUCUGGCUACAGUUUGCAGAGUCUGCUCCUUUGACUCCCAUAUUUUCUUUUAUAGCACAAUUGCUGACCUAGCCUUUCCAAUUCCAGCCCACACAUCCACUUCACAUCCACCAUUUAUGUUAUUGCUGCUGACUAUGUGAAGGCCUCCACUUCUUCCAGUGCAUAUUCUGCCAGAGAGAUAUGUUCUUUGGUUGAGUGAGUUUACCUUCAUGAUAUUUAUCUUGCGUUUAUUUAUACUGAGUCUGGGUGGUGCUGAAAUAGUGGCUAUGUCUUUAGUCUUUUCCUGCAUUUGUUGCUGGUUGUGGGACAGAAGUGCAAUGUCCUCUGCAAAGUCUAGAUCAUUCAGUUGUUCCCACAGUGUCUACUGUAUCCCAUUCCUCUUUUUGUCUGUGGAUUUUUCUAUUAUCCAGUCAAUGGCAAGAAUCAAUAGAAAGGGGGACAAGAGACAUACUUGUCUGACUACUGUUUCCUCUUUAAAGCAUCUGCAAGCCUACCUUCAUGUACCACCAUGCAUGUUAUUUCUUCAUAAGAACUCAGCAUGUUCCUGACUAGUUUUCCUGGUUCCCCAUAGUGCGGGUGAAGUUUCCACAAGUUUUGUAUGCCCAGCCUAUAGGAGGAGUUCCAUUCAAUUGUUAGUUCUACAGUGAUUCAUAGUGUUGCAAUUUGAUCUAUUUCGGCGGAAGCCAGCCUGUUCAUCUCGUAGCAGCGUGUCGACCUGGUCCUUCAUUGUAUUCAAAAUAAUUCUGUUAAAGACCUUUCCCGGUACAGACAACAGUGUAAUUCCUCUGUAGUUGACACAGUUGCUGAGAUCCCCUUUCUUUUGUAUCUUGAUGAGGUAUCCUUCUUUCCAAUCUUUUGGAACUCUCGCUUCUUCCCAUAUCUUUUCAAACAUAGGAUGCAGCAUGUUGACUAUUGUAUCUAUAACUGCUCUCAUCUCUGUCCCGAUGCCUUCCCUAUUUGGAGCUACUUCAUAGCAGGGGCUAUUUCUUACAUUUGUAAGUCUUCAUUUGCUGGUUGACGUUGUAUAUCAGGUAUGUCUGUUGGCGGACGUCUGGUUAGUAAUUCUUUCAAGUAUUCCACCCAUAAUUUUUGUUGGUCUUUCUAUUCCUUUAUUGAUCUACCUUCUUUAUCUUUAACAGGUCUCUGGAACCUUUUUUAUCUUCUUGGGAGCUUUCUUGUUAUGCCAUAGAGCUCUUUCAAGUUGCCCUUCUUGGCUGCUUCUUCUGCUGUUGAUGCUAGACCAUCUAUGUUAGCUCAAUUAUCCUUUUGAUGCUGUUCUUUACCCUUCGAUUCACUUCUUUAUAUUUCUCUUGUGCUCUUGUUUUCUCUGCCCGGGUUAACUACACUCUUCAAUUAUUUUUCUUUCUUUUCUUGUUAAUGAACAGCUAAUAUUAUUUAUACUACGUUGGGGGAUGAAAUUGAUAAAAAGUGUAUAGGCCUAUGCCGACUAUUACUUCACUUGCAUUUUCAUAGCUCCCAAUAUUGUGUAAAUAUAAUAAUGGCUUUUAAAUAUCCUAUCAUUGAAAUUUUUUAUCUACAACACACACAGAUGUCAAAUUUCAUGCUCUUCAGGAUGAAAUAUAUUAUCAUAGGUAGUUCCAAAUGCAUUGUUGACAUUCUUUAGCAAUAUUUUCUAAGAAUAAAGAUGUCCCUAUUAUCUAAUGUAAUAAAAUAUUCAUCUAUAUAUAUAUAAAAAUGAAUGUAUGUAUGUCCUGUGUGUACUCCUAUACCAUUCAUCCGAUUGCCAUAAAACUUUGGUGAGUUGUUGUCCGCACGCCAGAAAAUGCUUCCAAAUAAGUACAACCAUUUCACAAUAUUCCAUUUUGUUUUUCUUAUAUGAGUUAUAUAAAUAUAAUUUAAAAUAGAGCUAAUGCAUAGUUGGAUGUAAUUUAAUCAAAUAUAAUUAGCUAAAUUUCAGUUUGUGUGACAUAAUAAGUAGGUUUCCAAAUUCGUACAAUCAUUUUAAAAUUUGGGGCUGGGGGCCUUAAAUUCAUUUAUUUUUUAAUUAUAUGAGCAUUAUAAAUAACAUUCAAAUAGAGCUAUUGUAUGGGUGGAUCAAUUGCUACAAGUGUGUGAACUAAAUUUUGAAAAUCCAUGCUUCUCACAUGGACAGCUGUAUGUGGCCUGCUUACACAUGGAAAAACCUUCUAAUUUAUUGGUGUACGCACUAGACAGAUAAACCCCAAAAAAUACUGUCUAUAUAAAAAUUAAUUUAAAAAACAUAAUUAAAACACAAACACUUUCUUUCUUUGAGUGGCAUUGUAUCGCAUGCCUGGUACUCGGUAGUACAUUAUAAAAGGAUGCUGUUUAAGAAAUUUCAUUUGAAAUGGCAAGUAAAUAUUUUAUUAUUCUUAAAAUCAAAAAUUAAACCCAUUCAUUUAUAAAAAUUAUAAUACAACUCAGAAAAGCAUAGAAUGCUGCAACACUUGAAAACUUGUCUUCUCGUAUUUACUACUUCCUUGGGCUGUAAUAGAUGAUUUUAAUCAAAAUAUGAAUCGGUAUCACUUGAUUCUGGUUCUCAAUUAUCUUCCUCAGGAGAUUCAAAUAGAAAUUGAUAUUUUCACCAGUAAUAUUCAUUUUCAUAGCGAUUGCACUGCGCCAUCGAUUAGCAUCUAACAAAAAUGUUCCUACAAUGGCGACUCUUGCUUCAGCAUGUCACAUGUUUCUUGAACUCGCUAAACAUCAAAUUUAUUAAAUAGUUUUCUGCCAAUAGUACGAUUAAAUAAAUAUAGAAUAAUUUAAAAAAUAAGGACACAUUUUUAUUAGCCGAAAUAGCCUGCGUAUAUAAAGUUACUCUUUCUAUAUAAGAGGAAUUGAGAGAGUUAAACUCGAUUUUCUGUUAGACAUAUCGAUAAGAUACUUUAAGUGUGAUUUGUAUUGGUGACUGUAAGUGUAAUUUAAAUUGAUUUUCACUCAAUCAGUUAGUCAUACAAAUACUUAAAUGGUUCUAAUUUGCUCUUAAAGUUCCUUCCAUAUGGUAUAGAUCUAACAGUUUAAUUUUUUUUGUUUCAAUUUCUACCACUAAGGCAGAAUGGCUUCUCAAGGGAUGCAGUAAAGUUCACCUAACAGUCCUGUCCUGUGUGUCAGCCGGCAGAGUAUGAUGGACCAUGGCAAGAAGCUGCCACCAAUAACACUAAGUAAUACCACAAUUGUAAGUAUGAGUGGAAAUUAUGUAUGGUUAACACUUGGUAAUGCCACAAUCUAUUAUUGUUAAGUAUAGGUGGGAUUUAUGGUGUGGUCCAAGGAUUCUGCACUAUGUGACAAACAGUUUUUAUUCUGGUGGUGCUGGAUACUUAUAAUGGCUUUGCUGGAGAAAACUUUAGGUGCAUAUUCCAGUUAUUUUAUGUAAUUGUGCAAUCUGGUUCAAUUCAAGAGGUAAUAAACAAUUAUUUUCCCCAGGUAUAUAAUGUGUUAUCAAAUAGAUGAAGUAAUCAGUUUUGUCCAGCUUAUAAUAUUGUUGCUUUGCGUAAAUAAGUUUCCUUAGAUGCUAGCAUAUUAUCAAAACAUCCCUUCAUUUUCAUUCAUCAUUGUCCCUACAGUGAAUCACUCAAUUUGUGAGACACUCUGGGCAAAUGUCAGGGGAAUUUUCUGGUGGAUAACCAUGCCAUCCCAUAAACACCAUACAUCAUUGAAACUAUAAACAAUACAAUGCUUUUAAUUUUUAGAACAUUUCUUUUUAAAAAUUAAAUAAAAAUUGUAUUUAAAAAAAAUUUUCAACAUGUACUUCUUGAUGCUAUGUUUACUCAUGAAUAAGAUAUACUAAUGAUAUAAGAAAUUGUGGAGACAUUAGUAUCAAAUAUUUUAUUCAAUGGCCAGCUAAUAAUCAUAUUGUUUUAUGUUGCACUCUAUUUUAUUUUAUAAAUUAAACUGAUUGUAUGAUAAGGAAUGCAAGAAGCUAAUAUUUGUUGUAAUCUUUACACAGUCUUACCUGGUAACUUUCAUUCCUCUACUGGUGUCCAUGACCACACAUGGAGAUGUGCCUAGGUAUGAUGAUGAGAGGGAUAAACCUGCUUGGUGGCCUAAAGAUAUUCAAUGGAGAAAUCCAAAAUCUUACACGAAGGGUAAAAACAAGGUAAAAAUAAUAGUUACUUGGGCAGCAAUUUAUAAGUACUUUUAGAACAGUGGUUCUCAAAACAAAAUGUGACUAUCACCCAGUCAUUUUUAGCACCCUCCUGUCUUACCUCUUUAUAGGAAUUAUCAGAAUAAUAAUUCGAGAUAGUUGAAGAUAGUUACACCAUUAAAAUGUACAAGCCAAAUAUAUUUGAGCAUUGAAUAUACUUAAUUUGAUAAUAACCUGACUAAUAUGAUGAACCCUUUCAGUACCAUGGCGUCCAAUUAAAAAUUAAAUUCAGUACCAAGCAAAGGGAAAUAACUCCAUUUUUACUAUAAAUUGCUUGCUGCCUUAAAUAAUUUAUUGAACAUUAAUCUUCUUCCCAUCGUUAAAAAAAAAUUACUAAUUGUAGCGAAAAGGUGACAUUUUUAAGUCUACAUUAGGACCAUUAUUUUAUGUCGAGUGAAUGCAGUCGGUUAGACCAGUCAGAUCUAUCAACAUCGGGUAAUAAGGGGAGAGACUGCAAUCAGGUUAGUACAAAACUCAUUUUAUUCUAUCAACAUCGGCUUGAUGUUUUGAUCUAUCUGAGUGUAAAAUCAAGCUCACAGUCAGUCACCAAACCCCAACAAAACAAGAGGUUGACAUUAUCCUUUUUAGGGCCCAAUUUGGCGUAAUGAGUCAUAAAAACAUAUCGCGACUGAAAGGGUUAAGCAAUACCUUUAUUUGCUUUGACAGAAUCUAUACUGCAGUCCUAAAAUUCCACAAGGUGGGCAGUACAAAAAAGAGCUUUAUAACCACCUUCCAUGGUACAUUACAUUGAUAGAGGAGCUUUAUAACCACCUUCCAUGGUGCAUUACAUUGAUAGAAGAGCUUCAUAACCACCUUCCAUGGUGCAUUACAUUGAUAGAGGAGCUUCAUAACCACCUUCCAUGGUGCAUUACAUUGAUAGAGGAGUUCAUAACCACCUUCCAUGGUGCAUUACAUUGAUAGAAGAGCUUUAUAACCACCUUCCUUGGUGCAUUACAUUGAUAGAGGAGUUCAUAACCACCUUCCAUGGAGCAUGACAUUGAUAGAAGAGCUUCAUAACCACCUUCCAUGGUGCAUUACAUUGAUAGAGGAGCUUCAUAACCACCUUCCAUGGUGCAUUACAUUGAUAGAAGAGCUUCAUAGCCACCUUCCUUGGUGCAUUACAUUGAUAGAGGAGCUUCAUAACCUCCUUCCAUUGGUGCAUUACAUUGAUAGAAGAUUUCCAUCUUGAGCUAAAACUCUUGGUACUAUUUUUUAAAACCAAGCGUCUGCACAUUGCCAAUAUCAGUUGACUAUUACUAGUGUUGUCGGCACAAAUGCCUUUUCUCUUUCCUCUGUAUUUUCUCAGACUUGCCUGCUUAUCAUCAACCUUAAUUUCAUGCCAAAAAUCAAGUAGUAAAAUGUAUAAUUUAAAAUGUCUAAUUUUAUCUUUAAAAAACGAUUUCUAACAAAAAUUUUCAAGUUCCCCCUAAAAGUUCAAAAACUUUUCCGCAACCCCCCCCCCCCCCCCAAACUUUAAAAAAAUCAAUGUAAAAUGUAUGAGGCUGUAAUGCUAAAGUGACAAGUUAAUUCAGUUUUUUCUAUUUCCUUGGCAUCUCAGGAUUGUCUCCAAGUAUUACGUAAACUGGUCCACAGCUGCUACUCCUAUCAUGGGGUAGAGGAGCUUUUGUGUCGUCUAGAUGAAGUACCAGAGGAAUCAGAGGUGAGAGUUGUAUUUGGAAGCUGUAAUAUCUAUAAGUCACCUGUUGCCUGGUACUAUGAUCGGUUUGUCACCUAAGUUAGACUCAGGGUUGCACAGAAUGUCUGUGACACUGUGGAGUUUGUGCUGUGAAGACUUCUACAGUGUGAUAGAAUGUAACCAACUUUGGGGGGGGGGGGGGGGGUUGUUUGUUAUAUUUCAAACAAAAUGAACAUGUUUUCUAUUGUUUACUUCAGGCUCAGAUUAUGGGAAAGGAUUUGUGUGAUAAGUUUUUCUAAUGCAUAAAAAAUUCACUUGUGAAACAUCUGGUGCAUUCAAAUGUGGGUUGUCAACAGUUAAGAUCAAAUGCAUACUUAUUUACUCUUAUGAUUUUGGAGUACCGUACAAUGUACGAUUUUGAGAUGACUUAUACCAUUGUUUGCAAGACCGUUUUUUAAAAUAAAUUUAUCAGGGUGGUUUUUACAAUUUAAAAAAAAUUAUCAGUUGUGUUAGUUUUAGCUCGUUUCUACACCCGGUGGUAAAUGGACAGAAAAAAGAUUUGCUGGGGACCAUCCAUAAUUAUAUUACUUAUGCGCUGACAGAGGAAAGGGGUGGUGUUGACUCGGAAGCGUGUGAGUGCAUGGGAGGGGUAGGAAGAGGUGUCCAAAUAUUUUUUAAGGCUACAAAUAAGCACCACUUUUCAUGUUCAUCAUAUUGUUGCUUUGUGUUUUCACAAUGAACUUGAUAGAUACGGCAACAAUAAUAUUUAGCGUAUUCACCUCAGUGACAAAUUUAGUAAACAUUUACCUUUUUUUCUGUGCUGUAUGAUGUAAUUCUGUGUAUAUAAUUUUUUUGACAUAAUUAUUUCAUUUCUUGGCUGAACAGCGACAAAUGUAAAAAAUUGAGAAAACUAUGGAUUUUUAAAAAAUGCAUUCUCAACUGCACUUCACAGCAGUCAUCUGUUUGACAUAGUUUAUAAGAUUAUGUAAGCGCAUUUGAAAUCUAUUUUUAGAAGUCACUAAGCAGCGUUACAAUUUUAAUACACCAACACUCCCCUUCUCUUCUCUCAAUAAAGCUUGCGGUAGUUAUUAGACCACAAUAUGUUAACGGAAAAUAAAAUCAGGCUCCUAGGCUAAAUACAGGGUUGGGCUAGCCUGGUUAAAUAUUGUGGCCCGUCAGACGUAUCACUAAUGUACUUAUUUCUUCAUUUAAUUAGUGAUUAUUUUUAUUUUAGUCAAAAAUCACAUUUGAAAUAUAUAUGCUUAAUUUUUUGUGACCAGUACGCGCCAUUUUGUUAUACCCGCCCCUUUUUGGACAGAUUUUAAAAAAUAGAUUGAAAGAAGUAAUAAAUUAUAAAAACAAUUGAACUACUAAAAUAAAAAGGAUUUAUAUAAACACAGCUAGGUAAGAGGAACCUAAAUUUCCACAAGCACUACAAUUAAGUGUAGAAUGAUGAACAAAUGUAUUCACAUAUAUUCAAAAGGGAAUCCCUGUAUUUUAAAUUAAUAAAAAAAAUUCUGGUCAAGGUCUCAGCCUACUCCCCAAAGCCCACACCCACUUUUGCUCGGGUGACUUCGCCACUCCCCCACCUCAUCUUGGUCUAUCAACGUGGAAAAUGAGGGACACCCUUUUAUUUGCAAUAAUGCAGUGUAUAUAAAUAAAUAUAGUUGUCUUGAUAUAUCGCUUGUGUGCUUAUAACAAUAGGCAAUAUAUGGCCUGUGUGGUUAUCACAAUAGGUAAUAAAUGGCUUGUGGACUUGUAACACAAGGUUAUAUAUGGCCAAUGGUCUAAUAACAAUAUGUAAAUUAAGGCAAUAGUCUAAUAACAAAAGGUAAUAUAUUACCAAUAGUCUAAUAGCAAUAAGUAAUAAAUGGCCAAUGGUCUAAUAACAAUAGUUAAUAAAUGGCCAAUGGUCUAAUAAUAAGGAAUAUUGUUUAAUGGUAUAAUAACAAUAGUAAUAUACGGACAAUAGUCUAAUAGCAAUAGGUAAUAUAUGGUUAAGAACUGCGUUCAAACUUUGUGAAAGAAAUCAUUGAACAAAGAAUUUUGAAACUUGAAGUGAAAGAACAGGAGACAAUAAAAAGAGAACUUAUCAACUGAAAUCCUUCGUCAGCAGACAAGGCAAAAUAAGAAACUACAAAGAAAUGGAAAAAGAGUUAAAAAAACUAAAGUUGCCUGUGUUGUAGAAUAAUGAUAGAUUCGGAAGUGCUGUAUUAUUGAUGGAAGUAGGGUUGUCCAAAACUGAAACAUCUGUGCUAUGCAAAAGAUUACAGGAAGUAAAAUAAUUAAGUGUGUUUAUUAAUGUCAUUAAUGCAGAAUUUAAGAUUUUAAAGUGCAAAGAAAUAUAUUAAAAAUACAUAAAAAUGAUAAGGAAUAUGAAAAGAAUAUAGUUAAAUCGAGUAUUUGGUUGAUUCCUUAUGGUGAUGUGGUAACUAAAAUCUAAAUACUGUAUUUAUCGGCUUAUAACACGCACUUUUUCUCCCUGAAAAUAGGGGGCAAAUGAUGUGUGGGCUUUCAACACUUCCUAAUUUAUGGCCAUUGUUUUAAUAACAAAUGGUAAUCUUUGGCCAACAGACUAAUAACAAAAAGUAAUAUAUGGCCAAUGUUCUAAUAACAAAAGGUAAUAUAUAAACAUAACAUGGCUCUUGGGCUAAUCCCACUCUUAAUCCAGUAUUUAAUGUUUCCUUUGAGCACAGCAACAAGAGACUAUAGAAAUAAUUGAGCUGUCAGAUAACGAGGAUGGUGUGGAGGAAUCAUCUGGGGGUAAGUUCAGUUCUUUCGACAAUAUCGAGAUCACCAUCAAUGUAAGUGUCAUCAGUCAACUUUCAGUUGGCUUGUAAGAGAAGUGAUAAGAUGAUUCAUUUUCUUCAAGUUCAAAUAAACAAUUUUUUUUUAAUUUGAAUAUAACCUUUUUUAAAUGCUGAAAAUGAAAUGCAAAAUGCAAUCAAACCAAUUUUCCACUUGGAUCCAUUAAAGAAUCUGAAAUACUCUUUAAAGAAAAGUCUUAAGUUGAAUUUUUUUAAUAUUUGCUUUUUAUAUUAUUUUUGUAAGUUAACUUUUUUGAAGGGUGAAGUGUGUGUGCAAUCUGACAACGUUUGUCUUGUGUUUCAGAGAGUGAAGGGCCUGUCUUUGUAUGCUGCUUCUGUCUGGAACAAUUCAGCAGCCACGAAGCUGUCCACAGCCAUCAAAACACAUGUAAGAACAGAUCAAGAGACUCGGGGGAUGAGCCGCAGUUUUCAGACUGGAAGCAGUCCAGCACUCUGCCACCUGAUCAACUUUAUAUUGAUUCUUUUUUGGAUCAACCACCGGCCAGUGAAACUGAAGGCGAUUCUCCGUCAUUAUCUUCCCAUGUCAGCAGGCUGGACGAUUCCUUCCUAACACAAGCCCCCAAAAAUCCACAGAGUCAUCUCAGCGCGUCAUCUGUUCCACCAAACCAAGUCAAAAAAGGUGCUCCAGCCUGCCCCCAGCCUUUUGUUCCAACACUCAAAACUCGCAGUCAGAAAAAGCUGGAUCAGAUCAUGGAAAAACACAAUCAGAGGCAGAUGAUGAUGAAAGAGUGUAGAGAGAUGAGGGAAGUACCUGAAACUGGAGCAUGGUGGGUCAGUAGGACAAGGAGACAUCGAGGUCAGAGCAGCCAGCAUCCUGGCACCUACUUGUCAAAGGAGGCUUUUCUUGCAGCCAUGGGUAUGAUCAGGAAGGCAGAAGUACAGAUGACCUCUAACUGCGGUCCCAAACCAGAACAGGAGGUGGACUUGGACUGUGAGAUUGUCAAUGUGGAGGGCCCUUUAAGCGCAGUUCCACCUGCACCUUUUGAAAAAUCUGCAACAGCUUGCCCUCGCUCAGCCAGGUCGCUGAUGUCUCAGCUCAGCAGGGGCAACGAAGUGUCGUCCCGAACAAGGAGACUCAGCUUUUGUUUUGUGGAGGAUGAGUGGGCGGACAAGGAGGCACUGGAGGAAGGCAGGGACCCGCUCCACGUUUCUCUGUUGACUUUAGAUGUCUCAUCUCCCUUGGGCCAGCGCAUAAAGAAAUAUGUCAAAGGUGAAGGACAUAUGAACAUCAUCAAAGAUGUGGAGAGCUAUUGCAGGACAGAGAUUGAUGAAGACAGCUACAGCAAGCUACGGUUUAGGGCCAGUGAUUUUAGAGUGACCUUUCGGAAGAAAAGAAGGGCAACAACCUACGUGCAUAAAUACAAGUUCAACAGCAGUGAUAGGUUGGAGUUUAAAACUUACCUCCGAACAGGCCUGAGUCCCAGAAGUCGUCAGUUGCAACAUUGCUUGCCCAAAUGUCAUAUUGUGCUGAAAGAGCUGACAAAAAGUGAAAUAAAACAUUGGACAGAGGAGAAGAAGAUCAGAAUAACUGAGAACAUUGUGUACGAUGAUGAUAUCUGCAUCACUCAGAUUGAUAUACCUGAAUCCAAAUUAUGCCAGCGAUUUUCUCAAGAAAAAAAUGGUAUUCCUGUUGACAUGUACACAUCAAGUCAGAGCCCAUCUAGUUUCUUGCAGAACUCUUCUCAUCGCCCCAAGCCUGUUAACAGUCGGCCGGCGUUUGCAUCACAUAUGCCCUCGUCGCCUCCCCAUGUUCCAAACAUAUUUCGAAAUAGGCUGUCUCACACACCUUCACCCCCGAGACUAGUACCUAACACUCUUCCUUCCAGACCAAAACUGUCCAAUGGUCUUCAUUUCAAUGAAAACAAGUUUGUAAAUAGAAGAGAUGGUCUUGGAGUUGGGUCACCACUCAGACAGCCCAUUUCUACACACAGCAGGAUAGCAGAGAACUCGAUGAGCAAAGCUCAGCAUCUUAGCAGGCACCCCUUACAGUCUCCCUCGGUGUACUCCUCAGCUGGCCUGCCUGUCAAUGAGAGGCGGUCAACAGGUUUAAGCAUAACUGGUCAAAACAGACUUGCUGGGCCCAGCAGCAGACGAAAGCAGCUGAUGACAUAUGUCAGGAGAGAUGAAUGUGAAGGGGGUGCGGGGCAGCUAGUUAGUAAUUCCAGUUUUGGAUAUAUUCCCUUAGGGGGUGACAGCAAUCACCCUGGGACUAAUAACAACCACCUGAGCAUGAAUAGCAACCAUCUGAGCAUGAACAACAACCACCUAAGCAUGAACAAUACAGACCUGCCUGUCAAAAAUAGCACACUUGAACAAAAAAAGAAUGGUACCCAUGUAAAAAAUGUCAGGAGACUUUCUAACUUUGACUAUUUUAGAAUUCGAGAUAGCAAAAUUAGUUCAGGUCAGUCUGCAGUGAACCCGUCGGUCUUACAGAGCCCUACUGGGCCUGCUGUGACAUUCAAUCAUUCCCCACAAAACCAUCGUCACUCCCAAACAGCAGCCGGCUUGGCUAAUCAAAGAGCUUUGCAGGCUAAAACUGAUCAGGUCAGAACUAACUCACUACCACAGCACAGGCCCAAAUCCAACGAUAGCAACGGUCCUCACACUAGAGACUCGUCUGCUCCUAGUCAACAAAACGCUGCGUCCAAUGGUUCUAAACCCGUCAACCCGAGAUUCAACCAUGUCCAAGAAGUCAUUGGGAAGUCCCCUUGUUUGAUGGAGCACUUUAACAACACAGUUUCUGUACCAUCCUCAAUGAGACAAGUGACCACCAUCAUGAGUCUGUGCCCCAAUCCCAAUGAGGAUGGAGAAGAUGAGGUGAUGGAGAUUAUAUGCAUUGAUGACGACUAAAUUUGGGCGGGGGAAACGUUGUUGUGGUUGGUGAUGGCCAACUCUUUGAGAGUUGUUGUGGUUGGUGGUGGCCAACUCUUGGAGAGCAGAUGUUGUUGCUGUCACUUUUAACAUAAAAAUAAUUCCAUGGUAUUAACGGGUACAAUAAUGAUCAUUGAUUUUCAUGUAUUGAAAUAUGAUAAUAUAAUGGAGACUUGGUGGGCUGUAGUAAACAUUCUUGCCUAGAAAUGAUUGCUAUUUAAAAUUAUGUGGAUUAAAAAGAGUUUCAAUUGUUGUUAGUGUUUCAGUUGUAUGAUUACAGAAUAGUUUUUUCCCGCUCAUCAUUGUGUAUGACUAUACUUAUACAUAGAGAAAUAUAAAAUAAGAUUCUUGUUCCCAAUAGUCUUCAGCCUAACGGUAUAGGUCUUGGUAGUGCCUCAAUCAGGGCUGCAGCCAGGGGCAACCAUGUUUUAUUUCAAAUGCCAUUACCACUCACUAGCUGUAUAGUCAUUUAACAUGUUUAGAGUUUUUAAAUGUGCAAAACGCUUGACAUAAUCACUGAAGUCUUAGUGAUUACUUGAAUAUUUUAUUUAAAUUUUUGUUACUCAAAUUUAUUUCAUUUAAGAUGUACUAAAGCAAGUUUCACUAUGGGAAAAUGUUUUUAAAAAUUAAGCCACUGUCAUUCUGAAUUGGUGACGUUAUUAAUUUUGUUGUUGUUGUUAUGCUUGUGGGAAGAGAAGGCUACAGCCAUGUUGCUAAUCGUUAUAAAAGAGGAUCUAAUAAAGCAUCAUUGAGAUGUUUAUGUCUAACAACACGUAACUGUUGGUGACAACACACACAGCUGCAACUGUAAGUAAAAUAUGCAAACUUGAUGUCUUUUCCAGCUGUUUGGAAAUAAAACAGCUAAAUUGAGCUGACCUUCACUGAGAGUUAAGGACUAACAGGACGGAGAUAAUCUCUCUGAUUCGUUUUCAUUCUGCACUCAAAUUUUCCCAUUACCUGAGAUAGUGCUUUACAAGAAGUCUUAGACCAAAUGAUAUCAUUAAUCCAGUGGGAAGCCCUACAAACCCACAAGCCCUAAAGGGCCAUCCAUAUAGUAAAACUAAGGGGGAAGGGAGGUGGUGUGUCCAUUUUUAGAGAUGUGGUAUCCAGGGAAUUCCAUAAAUAGCAUAUAUUUAUACAUAAUUAUAUAUAUCUCAUAUAAGGUUGUAAAAAUAUGCAAAUUAUUGUAGGAAUGAACGUUAUAAUGCUGCCUUGCAUUUUCAAAAGUGAACUUGCUAAAUAUCACUCUAGUAGAAGUAAUGGUGAUAUUUAUGCUGCCGUAUGUGCCAGGAGCUUGAGAUGUAUUUUCUUCAGGUACGCCAGUGGUUCUUAAACUUGUAUGAUUCCCUGCGCCCUUGCCAAAUUUAGGUUGUUAAAUACUUACAAGUACACUUUGAAAUAGUGAAAACAUAAAAGAAAGGGUUAGUUAAAAAUGAAUAAAAGGCAUAAGUAUGUCACUAAGCAUCAUCGAGUAACUGCAAAGUUAUGUGUACGGUACUUACGUGAGUUACUGUUGUCACACAUAUUUUGCAACCCAAGACGGUGCCAUGCCAAGGGGUGAAUUCUGAAAAUGGAGUUCCUCUACCUGGUACAUAAAAAGAUGAUAUUUGACACCCCAUGUCUUUGUGAAGUACCGGUACAUGGGACUUUAUAGUUUAUCUAUACAGGUCUUAUUUGUCUGGGUCGAGUGCACCCUUCUUAUGACCCUGCUGGGCGACACGGCGCAUAUUUUGGGAACCUCUUGGCUCACCAGACAGCAUCAAAAACCUGUGACACAUUUUUUUUGCUGUGAUGUCUAUAAAUAAAUUGAUUGGGGUUUUUUUUGGUGGGGGGUUAAAAGCUCAUUGUACCCACUCAUAAGGGAGGGGCUGUUAAAAAUGAACACAUGCAACUGGGGGAGGGGUUAGAUAAUGUG